AUGGCAAGGCAAAACUACUCCAUGGUGUCCGAAUUUAUUUUGCUAGGACUUACAGAAUCUCAUGAGUUACAGAUUUUACUAUUCUUCUUUUUUUCUAUUAUCUACACAGCCAUUGUUCUAGGCAAUCUCACCAUUAUCUAUGUGGUGAAAGUGGACCCUCAAUUGCACUCUCCUAUGUAUUUUCUACUGGCCAACCUCUCCUUUAUUGAUAUGUCCUUGGCUUCCUUUGCUACUCCCAAGAUGAUCUGUGACUUACUUAGAGAAUAUAAGGCCAUCUCUUAUGAAGGCUGCAUGAUCCAAAUGUUUUUCCUUCAUCUUUUAGGUGGAAGUGAGAUGAUGUUGCUCGUAGCCAUGGCAAUUGACAGAUACAUUGCCAUAUGCAAACCCCUCCAUUACAAAACAAUCAUGAGCCAUCGCGUUUGUAUUGGGCUUGCACUUCUCUCCUGGACCACUGGUUUUGUGCACACUAUGAGUCAAAUGAUUUUCACAGCAACAUUACCAUUCUGUGGACCCAACGUAGUGGACAGUUUUUUCUGUGAUCUUCCUCGGGUUAUCAAACUUGCCUGCACUGACACUUAUGUCUUGGAGCUGCUGGUCAUUGCAGAUAGUGGAGUACUUUCUUUGUUCUGUUUCAUUGUUCUGCUCAUCUCCUAUAGCAUCAUCUUGAUUAAUGUCCAACAUCGUUCCACUAGUAGAUCUUCUAAGGCAUUGUCCACUCUUUCAGCCCACAUCACAGUGGUGGUACUGUUCUUUGGACCUUGUAUCUUUAUCUAUGUGUGGCCAUUCAGCAGUAUUUCCAUAGAUAAGAUCCUAUCUGUAUUUUACACAAUUUUUACACCUCUUUUAAAUCCACUUAUCUACACAUUCAGGAAUAAAGACAUGAAGAAAGCAAUAAAGAAAAUAAAAACCAAGCAUGUGAAUUUUGUGUCAACCUUUUAA